AUGACGAAAUCGGCUGUCAAAUUGGUGACCUUGCUGGUGAUUUUCAUGUAUUGGUGGACACCAUCACAGUCUGUAUUAAACAUGUGUAGAAAUGAUACUGAAACAGAGGCGGUAGUUCAUCUGUACCGUUUGAAAAGAGAUGAUGAUCCAAUAGGAAUAGAUUGUCACUGUACGAUUCGACCUUUACCAGGAGAGCGAGUUGGAAUGUACUUCAGUGCUAGUUACAUUAAGGGAUGUCAAUAUAGUUUGACUAUAUCACACAAGACGUCGACGCGUUAUCUGAACUGUAAUUCCAACUUGAACGUGAUCAGAUUCUAUUACAAUAUUCGUGCUAAUGAUGAGAUAACAUUAGGAUUAACCAAGCAUGUAUCGUCAGCUACAGAUGGCUUUGAUUAUAGUUUAAAAAUUGAAGCAGCUCGAUCGAAGGUAUUGGUGAGGUGUUACGCAGCACAGUCGAUUCCCACUACGACUAGGUCUUCUUCGACUUCGACACGUCCUACUACGUCCGCAUAUACCUCACAAUCACGCCCUGUCUUAACGACAAUUUUAUCAACAACGCCUUAUAGAUCGACACCACCACUGUCGUCAACAGCGUUAUUCAGAUCGUCGACUCGAUCAAAAACAACUUAUCUUGUAGCUUCGCAAUACAAAAGUACGAUAUUAACAAAGUCACAAGAAUCAACAACACGACUAGGAAUUUCAACAUUACCAAGUACAUCUUCACGUCCAAGAUAUAAAACAUCGACACCACAUGGUGUGAAUUUACCUCCAUGGAUUGAAACCACUGACGGUCGCCCAACGACAACACAAGAUCAAUAUCACAAUCAAUCUAGCACCAGAGAUUCGACUGACAAUGAAAAUCUAGUUAUAUUAGACAACGAUUGGCGGUCACCAGGAACUAUGUACCCAUAUCAUAAUAGGCGUAUCUCUUGGUUGCGUGGUUGGAAGCAUUGUCAUCGUAGUUCUGUUUGUUGUAAUUAUUCACCAUAUAAGAAAGAAGAAGAAGAUGAUGAAGAAGAAAACAUCCGAUGA